GGGAGAUACACUGGGGUGGCGUUGUCUGCACUGCUGUCAACAACAGCAACCUUUGCUUGGUCACCCGCUGGAUCACUUUGGAGUGGUCGGGGAUCUCGUGCUGGUGCUGCGGAUGCUGCUACCGCUGGCGGCGAGAGAAAGUCGCGCUGGACAUGUCGUGGUCGCAUGUCACGAUCUCGUCAGGGCACAUCUCUGCCAGCUCAGGCAAGCAACAACGGCGCGAACGGCGGCCUGAACGGCGGCGGUGCUGCUGCUGUGGAAGGCCUGGCAGAGAGCGUCUCUGCCGCUGUUCCAUCCCCCGCAGGUGACGACGUCUGCUUCGAAGGGGGCUGCCCGGCUGAAGUUGAGCCACCGCACGGUGCCAACCCGGAAGAGCUGGAGAUCCCGGCUUUGAGGGAGAUGAAGUCUUCCAGCGCGGGCCCUACGGUGUGGAGCGAGUUCAGCAGCUUGGCAGCCGAGACAGGAGCUCCCGUGAAUCUAGGCCAGGGGUUUCCAAACUGGAACCCUCCAGAUUUUGUGGUGGCCGCUGCACAGAAGGCCCUUUCAGAGGGGUUUCACCAGUACACUCGAACGGCAGGACACCCGCGACUGGUCCAGCUGCUUGCCAAGCGGUAUAGCAAGCAUUUCGGCAGGGAGGUUGAUCCCUUCUCGCAGGUGGCCAUCACCAUCGGGGCGUCGCAAGCGUUGUACGUCAGUUUCCAGGCGAUCCUUUCCCCCGGGGACGAGGUGGUAUUGCUAGAGCCCUUCUUCGAUCUCUACCUGGGACAGAUUCGGAUGGCUGGGGGGGUGGCGAAGCAGGUGCCCCUGAGCGUGGUGGACGGGGAGUGGAGGCUGGACGCGGAAGCCCUGCGAAGGGCGAUUUCUCCCAGAACACGAGCUAUCGUGGUCAACACUCCCCACAACCCCACGGGCAAGGUGUUUUCCCGGCAGGAGCUAGAGGCCAUCGCCGACGUUGUGCGGGAAAAUCCCAGGCUACUCGUUAUCAGCGACGAAGUUUACAAGUACAUGGUGUAUGAGGGGCUUGGUUCCGGAGGGGAAGAUGGAACCGCCACCACUACUAGCAUCGACCCAGCGGACGCAGCAGCAGCGCUACAGGCGUCCAAAUCAACGACCGGAGACAACGUGGGCAGCAGCAGCAGCAGCAACGGUAGUAGUCCUAGAGGCGUUGUUCCGCCGGAGAGCGAGGGCAGGAGUAGCGCUGCCCGUGAGGCCCCUCCGGCAGAGGUCGCUAAGAAGGUGGAUGAUGUCGGGGUUGUGGAGCCCCUUCCGGCGUUGCGGCACGUCCACUUCGCCACGCUUCCCGGCAUGUGGGACAGGACGAUCACCAUCUCCAGUGCGGGGAAGACUUUCUCGGUGACCGGUUGGCAGGUGGGGUGGGUCCUGGGCCCCCAGCGCGUGAUCCAAGAGAUACACACCAUCCUGCCGUACAUGCAGUUCUGCGCCGCGACACCCAUGCAGGAGGCCAUGUGCACCGUGCUAGUGGACGCUGAGAAGCCGUACGAGGGCAGCCCCAGCUACUACGAUUGGCUUAGGGAGCAAUAUUCGGGCAAGAGACAUCGGCUGGAGGGUGCCCUCGCCGCGGCGGGCAUCCAGUCCCUCAAGGGGGAAGGAGGCUUUUUCCUCAUCGGGGAUGUCACCAAAAUCAAGGUGCCAGAGAAGUACUUGAAGGCGAGCACCCCAGCAAUGCCCGUCAUGACGCACGACUGGGCGUUCUGCCGGUGGCUGGCGAUCGAGCACGGUCUCGUGGCCAUCCCCACCAGUCCGUUCUUUUCGGAAGACUCUCGCAAGAAAGGUCUCGGGAAUGGCCUGGUGCGGUUCUGCUUCUGCAAGACGGACGAGACCAUCGAAGCCGCCGCCGAAGUGCUGAUGAAGAUGGCCGAAGAGCAGGCUCAGAUGGAGGGCAGCAUCGCGGCGAUUGAGCAGCCCGCCGCGGUCGCCGCUUGAAGCCAAUAGCAAGCUGGUCUGGAAGAGGUUUUUUGAUUGCUUGUCUAGUUUUUACCGUUCGGUUGAACAGGCGGGUGUUGGCAUGGUGGUAUCUUUUUACCGUUCUGCGCUCCCGGUACACAACUUGUUUUGUCGGAUGAGUGCCUGACGCUCGAGACGAUGCUUUGGAGAAGGGCGUGGUGGUAUGUAGGUGAUACACGGAUGGUUAUUACCAGGUUUGUGUGAAGGUGAAUAGCCAACUCUCAUGUGGACAAGUUGGCUGUUGGAAACUCAGGUACAGCUGAAUAUGUGUAGUCAAUGUUAAAAUCAAGGCAUCUUAGAAGCUGAUCCAAGGUACCAACCCUUCAGACCGACACGGUUGAGUGAUCGACCUUUUUUAGGUAAACGUUGCCCAAGGGAAAUCGUGUGUUGGCGUAGUUUCAGGUUGAAAGCUCGUAAAGUUCAUGCAGAUCAAGAUUGGUACAGUCGCUUACGUAGGUUAGGUUUGACGAUGAUGCUUGGUGAGCGUCAGUCUCGUGUGUAAUUUUUUUAGCUUGAAAAUUGGUGCGGUGGUGUUCGUCUUUGUGCGGUGUGGCCUCAGAACUAGUUUGUGUUGUACAUACGAAAGGGGGAGUUAUGUUUUAUAUUGCAUUUCAAGUCAGCCCGUGGCGGAGGGCUGUAGUGUUAAGACAAUGGCAAGGACGGGGCACAGCGGAGGUCAAUGUUAUUAUCUUUUGAGUUGACAGAUCCAUGUGGCACCUCGAUCAAAACAGCAGUAUAUACUUGGGCGUAGUAUUUCUUGAUUUUUGUAGUCCUUCUCCUGUGCAUCGCAUCGCCACUCUCCCACUAUUUUUCCUACACUUCUGCGUUGAUAUUUCACGAUUCCCGUCUGAUUUGGUGGUGCUAGUUUCUAAGCUGUGUUCUUUCUUCACCCGAAACGAAUAAAACUGAGAACCGACG